CGCAGAGGCGAAUCUUCAAACGCUCCCUGAUCCGUGCUUCGCCGACUUCACCCUUUGUCCUGCAUUCUACUCUGCCGUCCGCGGUGUCUUUCUGUUGAGCCUCCCAGCCUCUCAAGUCGGUCCUGUUGCCGUGUGCGACAGGCCGUUCUUCCCACACGCGACCACCUUCGUCAUUCAACCUACCUAGGUAUACACCCUGCCCGCGCGACGGUCUGCCCAAGAACCAAACAACCAUCAUCACCACGCGCCACGGUGCACUCUCCGCCAUGUCUGCGUCCGGCACUGCAACACCUGCUCAGGCCAGCAGCGGUAGCUGGUCUGCCUUUCUCAAGUCCAUUGCCUCCUUCAACGGCGACCUCUCCUCCUUGACCGCGCCGCCCUUCAUCCUCUCCUCUCAAUCCCUGACCGAAUACUCCUCGUACUGGGGCACGCACCCUCCUCUCUUCACGGCCCCUGCCGCCGAGUCCGACCCUGCCAAGCGCGCCCUGCUCGUCCUCAAGUGGUUCAUCGCCACCCUCAAGCACCAGUACGCCAGCCGCAGCGAACAAUAUGGCAACGAGAAGAAGCCCCUUAACCCCUUCCUCGGCGAGCUCUUCCUUGGCUCUUGGAAGGACGAGGCCGGCGAGACCACGCUCGUCUCGGAGCAGGUCAGCCACCAUCCGCCGGCUACAGCCUACUGCCUUCGCAACGACAAGACGGGCGUGCAGCUCGAGGGCUACAACGCGCAAAAGGCCACCUUCAAGAGCACAAUAAUCGUCAAGCAGAUUGGCCAUGCCGUGCUCACGGUUCCCGUGGGCGAGCAGACGGAGCGCUACCUCAUCACCCUGCCUUCCCUGCAUAUCGAGGGCCUCAUCUUCGGAACACCCUUUGUCGAACUUGACGGAGGCAGCACAAUCUCCAGCUCGUCCGGAUUCACAGCUAAGAUCGACUACAGCGGCAGAGGCUGGUUAUCCGGCAAGAAGAACAGUGUCACUGCCGUCCUCUACCCGACCGGCAAGGAGAAGGAGGUUCUCUACAAUAUUACUGGUCAAUGGACCAAGGAGUUUGAGAUCUACGAAGGCCCGGCAAAGAAGAACUCCAAGGCGACUCUGCUGGAGACGUAUGAUGCCGUCGCGACGCCCCCCACUGAGCUGCAGAUUGCGCCCCUUGAGAAGCAGCACCCCCUUGAGUCGCGCCGCGCCUGGGCCAAGGUUGCCGAGGCCAUCCAAAAGGGCGACAUGGAUGCCGUCUCGGUGGAGAAGGGCAAGAUUGAGCAGGCGCAGCGCAACCUGCGUGUCAAGGAACGGUCCGAGGAUCGCUCGUGGGAGCGGCGCUAUUUCAAGGCCGUCCAGGGCGCGGACGAUACCCUGGAGGCCGUCGGUAAGGUUGCCGGCGUUCCUCUGGACGGCGAGCAAGACAAGACGGGCGGCCUUUGGAGGUUCUGCCAUGAGAAGGCCGCCAAGGCCGCCGCCGAGCAGCUUACCGAUGACGAGAUCAAGAAGAUCCAGGAAGAGAUCUUGGGUCAAUAGCGGCCACAUUGCGCAGUAAACAAGGCAACGGACCAUAGACUGAGGGCAGGAGCCGACGCCCAAACCCACACACCGCGCGAUGGAGCUGGCAUGGUCGAUCAAAAGCCGAGGGCCUCAGCGCCGCCAAGGCAAGGACACCUUGACGAUUGCGCGUGCCCGCCUGCAUCUGCGCUGCUACAGCUGCUUCUUGCACUACUAGACGAAAACGCGGCACGUCACGUUGCAUGAUGAUAACAACACAAUUGUUAAUAGCAGUUACUUUGUAUGCUCG